CGUCCACUUCCGGUUUGUGUGUCCGUCAGAGAGCGCAGGAGAGGGUGAAGCUGAGAUAAACGUCUGUGGAGAGAUGCCCCUGGAGGUCAGAUGGCCGUUCCCACAGUGCCCCGCUCUGGCCUGGAGGAUCUCCGGCUCCCUGAUCAUGGGCAUGGUCGGCUCCUAUUCCUACUUCUGGACCAAGUACAUGAACCGUUUGAAGGUCCAGAACCAGGAGGUUCUGUUGAACCUGAUCGACCAGCGCCCCCCCGACACCCCCCUCAUCACGCUGUCCAAUCACCAGUCCUGCAUGGACGACCCACACAUCUGGGGCGUGCUGCAGCUGCGACAGCUGUGGAGCUUCAACAAGAUGCGCUGGACGCCCGCAGCCUCCGAGAUCUGCUUCAACGUGGAGCUGUUCUCCAGGUUCUUCAGCCGUGGGAAGUGUGUUCCUGUCUGCAGAGGUGGGUCACCCCCCCCCCCACUAUACACACAACACACACCCCACCGCACGUCAACAACAUGUGAACGAGCCACUCGUAUUUACAUGUCUUCUCCAGGUGACGGCGUUUACCAGAAGGGUAUGGAUUUCAUUCUGGAGAAACUGAACAGAGGAGAAUGGGUGCACAUCUUCCCAGAGGGAAAAGUCAACAUGACUGAAGAAUUCAUUCGACUGAAAUGGGGUGUGGGUCGGCUCAUCGCAGAUUGCUCCCUCAAUCCGAUCAUCCUGCCCAUGUGGCAUGUGGGUCUGAGUGAUGUUCUGCCCAAUAUGACGCCCUACAUUCCUCGGACAGGCAAGAAAAUCACCGUCCUGGUGGGGAAACCCUUCAGCGUGAAAGAUCUGGUUGAAUCCCUCCGAGCUGAAAACAAGAGCCAGAUGGAAAUGAGAAAGACUUUGACUGAUUUCAUCCAGGAGGAGUUUCGGAGCCUCAAGGCCCAGGCUGAGGUUCUUCAUGAGCAGAUCCACUCUAGAUCCUGAGUCACAGCCAAUCAGACUGAUGAGCCUUUACCCUAACACUAGGGUAACUUAGAACACUGGACUGUUUUUACCACAUUUCAUGGUAUCUGCUCACAUCCUCUGCUCCGCUGCAGCACCCGGAACUUCACAGAAUCCACAGAAUCCUCACAGACCGAAGGUGGUUUAGAUGUUUGAGCUUCAUCAGGAUCAUGAUCAUUGAGAAUCAGGCUCUUCUGUGAAUUUGGGUGCAAAAGGAACUCCUCUGUAACUCAGCCCUCGUUUCAAACCGCCUUCAAGCUUUGAUUCCAUCGGUCCGAUUCAGGUGCUCAACAGGAUCAGCUCCCGGACAAACUGUGGAGAGCAGAUGACUGAGGUCCAUGGAUCCUCAAAGUCUGCUCCUGCUGUCCGUCACUGAAGAGAAGAAGAUCUCCAACGUUUGAAGAAUCUCCAGAACAGAUUGAAGUGCUUCUAAAUUAACUUCAGCUGUUGUUCUCCUGCUACCGCCAACCAGCUCAGUGUCCAGAGGAGAAUGUUGGACGAUUCCACGUGUCAUGAAUUACGCCCAAUGCCAACGUUUAUGAUCACUGCAGGAAGCAGUGUGUCCUCUAGUUGUGGUGUUCUGGGCGUGUGACACAUCACACUUUAGUGCAUGAGGCCAAAACUUCAACCUUCAAUUCACAACUCUUAGGAUUUCAGUCUUGUUUUAUUUUUGUUUUUAAACAAAAUUCUCGAUUUUGUAUCAUUUUACACAACACUCGAAUAAACUCUCAAUAUUUAAAUGAAGAGGCAGAAGGAG